GCGCCGCCCGCGGCGUUCGCGUCCUCGUGGGACCCGGUGGCGGUGCCGCUCUUCCCCGCGGCCCCGCGCCCCGCGGCCCGCGCCAGUCGUGCCUUCGCCGCGCCGCCGGCCGUCAGGCUGCAGGCGCCGGCGGGGAUCCUCUCCUUCUGCUUCACGCUGCGCCGGGCGGACUUCGGCGCGGAGAUCGGGCUCGACGUGCGGUGCGGGGGCGAAGGUCGGUUUCUGGUCGUGCAGCGAGUGCUGCCUGGGGGCAUGGUGGAGGCGUGGAACCGCUCGUGCCCAGAGGGCUCGCGGAGCGGAAGAACGGUGUCCGCGGGCGAUACCUUGGUAUCUGUGAACGGCGCGGCGGACUGUUACAGCAUGCUCAACGCCCUCAG